GGUAAGAGGAAGAGGAGGAGGAGGAGGAGGAGGAGGGGGAAGGAUAAGAAGAGAGGACCUGCCACCGAUAAGCUGCCAUGGAGGGGAUGCAGGCGUACGGAGCAGGGAAGGCUGGAGGGGCUUUCGAUCCCGUCACGUUCUUCCAGCAGCCCCACACCGUUCUCCGCAUAGUGUCGUGGCUCUUCUCCAUUGUGAUCUUCGGCUGUAUCGCCAACGAGGGCUACAUCAAUCGUCCCAGCGAGGUGGAGGAGUACUGCAUCUUCAACCGCAACCAGAAUGCCUGUAACUAUGGUAUCUUUAUGGGCUCCCUGGCCUUCAUCUGCUGCAUGGCCUUCCUGGCUCUGGACAUCUACUUCCCCCAGAUCAGCAGUGUCAAGGACCGCAAGAAGGCUGUGCUGGCUGACGUCGGGGUCUCAGCCUUCUGGUCCUUCAUGUGGUUUGUGGGUUUCUGUUUCCUGGCCAAUCAGUGGCAGGUGGCCGAGGAGAAGGACAACCCCCUGAAGGAGGGAGGGGAUGCUGCCCGGGCAGCCAUUACCUUCUCCUUCUUCUCCAUCUUCACCUGGGGUGCCCAGACUCUUUUCUCCUUGGAGAAAUUAAAGAACGUGUCAUUCGAAGAGGAAUACAACAAACUGUUUCCCACCCAGCCACAUCUUCCCCUGAUCUGACUCUGUUUUUAUUGCCCCGACUGCCUCUCUGCCCACUGCCCCUUACCCACCGCAACUGCUCCCACCCCGCGCGCCCUUCCCACAGACCGGCUCGGGAGGCGAGGCCACCACACCCGGCCUCCGCCCGGCCUGCCGCCGUUUAGCCAUGCUCUGCAGUAAAGGGUGUCUUCCUGUUUGCCGCGAGGGGUCACGCCAAUAAAUUGGGGGGGGGGGCAGCAGCUCGUGGUUAGUUAUCUUAAAUUAGACCAUGUUAAAUUAGUUUGCUUUAUCAGAUUUCCAACAAGAUGUUUUAUA